AUGUCACUUUCAUCUUCAUCAACAUCAUUUGAAAAACUUGAACAGGCACGAGCCUCAAUUAAAUCUCAGUGCAGAAGAAGUGAUUUUUCGGAAUUGAUGGCUUUUAAAUGUCCUCCUACAAAGCUUAUUGAAAUGUUAAGUUUGGUGCUCAUUCUUCUCGAAACACAACCAAGGAAGGAGUCACUUCCUAAUGAUCAAAUUUAUGAAUGGUUGGAAAUUGUUAAGAGAUUGAAUAAUUCUGAUCUUAUUGAUUCGAUAACAAAGAUGGACACAAUCUCCAAAGACACUCUUGAUAAGGCAAAAAUCUUUAUUAAUCGUCAUCCAGAUGCUUUUAAUGAAAAUUCUUUGGGAAAAUGCUCUUUAUCCAUUGCCUAUUUAUUGGUUUCGUGGUCACUCGCUUUGAUUAAUCAUGUAGAAUCAACUCAAAAUUGA